AUGGAGUCCUCUCGUGCAUCGGAGAGUAAGGAUUCUGCAGAGGUGACACCUCUUCGCGUCCCGCGGUCACGCACCAGAGAGCAGACGCCGCCCCCUCGCGACAAUUCUGACGAUGAAGCCGAAGUCAAGGACACUAAGGGUUCAGAUACUGCCUGGGUCGAUGUUGACGAGCUAUUUGUCGCGGCGCCGCCCACUUCACCUACCCGAGACGACAGUGAGCUUGCCAACACUGGAAUGACCCGCCUUCCGGCUCCCCAACCUUCUGUCGAGAUCGAACAUCACGAGUACAGAGCGGAAACCCCCGGCAGCGAUGGCGGCAAUAGGAUUCCAAUCAGCCUGCGCUCAAAGGGCCCCAAGAGUAACGCCGAUCUGGGUGGCUACUAUUUCAGACAGGUCAUGACCCUCCUUGAGAGGAAGCACCAGGAUAUCAUGUUCUAUGAAGAAGUUGAGAACCAGAGCAUCAUGCAUCUGGAUUGGGCAUACGAGGAGGGUAAUGGCCUGGCUUCCAAGGUGGAGUGGGGAAAAGCCAUGUUCUUCGGUGACUGGUUGUAUACCGACAACGGCCAGCGAGAGUAUUACAUGGAAAUUCAGAUCAAACACAUCUCUGGUGAGGAUGACCAAGUCAUCCGCAACUUGGGAAUGAAUCCUAACGAAGUCUGGAUUGGUAUGGGUAUGGUGAAGGAAACUCCCACCCAGGGUGGGGAUAAGCGCUCGCUUUCUUCAAACAGCGGUAGAGUGUCUGCUGUCCAGCCAAAGAAGCUGCUCCUCUCCUCACUUGCCGGCACCCAUUCUGGUUUUCCUCGGAGUCCCUCGGAGGAGCGUGACAACGAGGAGCUCGAAGACAAUGCGACGCUGGCCUUGACUAAUAUGAACAGGUGCCGACCUUUGCCGACUACUCCUCCUGCCAACACCUCGUCGUCUGCAAGCAGCGGUGAUGGAGAUGCCACCCCAAAGAAUGUCCACGUCGGAUCCGAAGACACUGACAUCCGCGAUCCUACUGCCGCUGUCAACUCUCCUUCUAAUUCUCUUUGGACUCCGCUCAAGCUGUCUGGUAGAAAGACAGCCACCUCCAAGUCUGAACAGGGCAUCGUGGCCGGCCCAUCAACAGCUCAAGCUCUUCAAUCACCGCGUCUAAGUUUUCCGCACCGCUUCAGUUCAAGAUCACCCCAGCCCGACCCUGAUCGUCCCAUCGGCACAGGUAUUCCUCGCAGCAAGCCCCUUGUUCCGCAUAGCACCAGCUUUGACAGCAUCGAUGACGAGGGCGACACCAUUAUGAGCGAUGACAUUGUGGGCGAAGCCGGAGAUAACGGCGGAGGAGAGAACUAUGAAGGCGACACUACCCUGAGCGAGAUCGUCAUUCCUGGAACUCCAUCGCGUUCACCCUCCCCACCCUCUUCUCCCAUCAGAUAUUCGCCCGACAGCGAUGAGGACCAAGCAGCCGAGUCCUCAAUCUCCAAGGAGAACCAGAACCCUCGGGACCAUCAUCACUCUUCCGUUGCUUUAGGCCAUGACACUCUCAACCGCCUCUGCACCCCCGAUUUGGACGGUUCCUUUGUCGCCCGCAAGAAGCGCUCCUCUAUCUACACCGUCCGCGUCGUCGCCGUCUCCACCGAGCAUUCCCAAAACGACAACGGCUUCAGCGGACCCCCUUCUUCCCAGCGGCACGCUACCCUGCUCGGUCACGGCGGAUGGGUUUGCCCGCCCUUCGAGGAGCGCGUAGCCAAGUGGAAGGCUGAUCACGGCCAUUUACCCCUUAGCUGUUCAGCCAUUUCGGAGCACGAGAAAAAGCAGUACAACAAUUCCCUGCAGACACGCUGCCGUGCGAUGCCAGUCAUGUUUGACUGGUCGGUCGACGACCCGCCGAGGUACUACGGUGAGCCGGCGCCCAUAUGGUCAGAUCUCGGUGAUCCGUGCCUUGAGGACGUGUAUUGGAUGGUCUGGCAGCUGUUGAGCGGCAAGCAGUUUAUCGGUUUCAAACGCGGUACCGGAUUUGGUUUCCCUAGGACUCAUACCAGAGGUGACGAUGCGCUGUUGGAGAGAUGCCCGUUUAAGAGUCCGAGCGGAGAGGCUGGAGUCGGAAGUCUGGUCAAGGGGGAGGAGAUCAGGCUGAGAGAGAUGAGUGCCGAUAAGGAGAAAUCGAGACUUGAGGAAGAAUGGCAGGGUAUGGUGAACCUUAAGGGCGGCGAGGAGUAG